CUAAUUUGUAUGCGAUAAACGAUUAUUUUUAAUCGAAUGCUGUACUCGGUAUCACGUGGACGUGUGUUACAAUGUUAACAUACUGGCUGGUUACGGUUUAAAAAACGAACGAAUUUCAAUGGGAGUAGUACAGCGCACAUCUUACGCGGACGUAUAACUGUGAACAAUAUAGAACAAUUUGAUUUGCGGACGAAAACGAUGACAUUAUCACAGUCUAAGACAUCCGUUCAUAACGAUUACUCGUACGAUGCGUUGGAAAAUGGGAAAACCAAAAGUUUCAACAAAUCCACAGUGGCAGCAAACAAUUCGGAGUAUGGUGAUUUCAAAAAGACCUUUACCCAUCUCCCCAAAAGACUACCAGUCGACAUAGAGUUCUCCGAUUUGUCAUACUCGGUCUAUGGUGGUCGGAAGAAAGGGUAUAAGGACCUCCUCAAAUCUAUUAAUGGCUCUUUCCGAUCUGGCGAAUUGACAGCUAUCAUGGGUCCUUCGGGAGCGGGCAAAAGUACACUGAUGAACAUUGUAGCAGGAUAUAAGACUUCCGAUGUCAGCGGAUCCAUACUUAUAAACGGAAGCGAAAGAAACCAAAGGACUUUCAGAAAACUAUCAUGUUACAUAAUGCAAGACGAUUGCUUAUUGCCACAGCUGACAGUACAAGAGGCUAUGGACGUGUCAGCCAGUUUAAAGUUGGGCAAAAACGUCUCAAACUCAGCCAAAGAUACCGUUAUUCAGGAAAUUCUCGAUUUGUUGAACCUUGCCGACAACAGAAAUACAAGAACGAUAAAUCUUUCUGGGGGUCAGAGGAAAAGACUAUCAAUAGCUUUGGAAUUAGUUAAUAAUCCACCUGUGAUGUUCUUUGACGAACCUACUUCUGGUUUAGAUAGUUCAUCAUGUUAUCAGUGCAUAUCGUUAUUGAAAUUGUUGGCUAAAGGUGGUAGAACUGUUAUAUGCACAAUACAUCAACCGUCGGCUAGACUGUUUGAGAUGUUUGAUUACUUGUACACGUUAGCUGAGGGGCAGUGUAUAUAUCAAGGGAAGGUUAAUGAAUUAGUGCCAUUUUUGUCGUCUGUAGGUCUCGAUUGUCCUAGUAGCCACAAUCCAGCCAAUUACAUAAUAGAAGUAGCCUCUGGUGAAUACGGCAAUGUGUGGGCACAAAGGUUAGCGACUGUUACCGAACAGAAAUCUGGACGUGAUAAAACCGAAAAGCAUUUGAGACCAGUGACUCACACGAGAUCUUUAGAAAAGUUUUCGAAGAAACCUAUUGUGUACCCAACAUCAGGCUUAGAACAAUUCUGGAUAUUACUGAAGAGAACUCUCAAGAGCACACUUCGUGAUCAAACUUUGACACAUUUGAGGCUAUCUUCCCACGCUGUUAUUGGAUUACUUCUGGGAGUGAUAUGUUUUGACAUAGGAUCUGAUGCAGCGAAGUUAAUAAGCAACAUGGGUUGUAUAUUCAUUGUAGUGGUCUUCACUAUGUUAAGCGCUUUGAUGCCAACCAUUCUUAUAUUUCCAACCGAGAUGAAAGUGUUUUGGAAAGAGCAUUUGAAUUACUGGUAUUCGUUAAAAUCAUUCUUUUUAGCGAAGACAAUGGCAGAUUUGCCAUUUCAGAUUGUUUUCACGAUAAGCUUUGUCACAACCGUGUACUACAUGACCGGACAGCCCAUGGAAACCAACCGUUUAUUUAUGUUCCUCACGAUCAACAUUCUCACAGCAGUAGUAGCUCAAUCAAUAGGUCUUCUUAUAGGAGCAGCAUUGGACGUCGAAACGGCGUCAUACAUAGGACCAAUCACAACAUUACCUGUAGUUCUAUUCGCUGGCUUUUUUAUUAAUAUAAAAGACAUUCCUAAACCAUUGAAGUGGAUACCAUAUGGUAGUUAUGUAAAGUAUGGGUUUGAAGGAGCAAUGCUAGCUAUUUAUGGCUUUGAUAGAGAGAAACUAGAAAGUGCACAGUGUGACGUAACGGAUUGCAUAGUGACCAGUCCAAAAAUGCUUUUGGAAAAAAUGUCGAUGGAUGAUGCAUGGUUUUGGCUAGAUGCAGCUGUGUUAGUUGCACUAUUUGUUGUCAUAAGAAUAAUAGCAUAUUUCGUUUUGAGAUGCAAAUUGAAGCUCAUGCAAUAAUAUUCCAUACUUGCAAAUUAAUGAUAGCUGAUACAGUUGUAAAUAGAGAGAGAAAGAAGAAUUUUACGAUUUGUAAAUACAAAAUACCAAAGAAAUGUUUUGUUUUA